ACAUACCUCAGAUAUGGUACAACUGACAUGAGCAAUAUCAGUUACACUACAUACACCUAUACAUAGGAUGUUUCCUAUUCCUGUCCGUCUCACACGGCUCGCAGCAGUACUCACCCGAAUCAUCUUCCAGGAAGGUUUUGGCAGCAGUGAGCAGGUGGAAGUGGCACUUGGACUUGAUCAUUUCCAGCCAUGGGAAUGGAGAGCAGUGGAAAUGGAAAGACCGGAAGCACGAAGGGAUCACGUGCUGAAACAGAUGUGUGUCGAUGCCAAUGUCAUUGCACAUGUCCCAGUGGAGCGUCGAAUAGAAUUUGCAGACGUCACAACAGAAGCUGGAGCCAAGGAUUGCAAAGUGACAGAAAGUGCAGUUGCGUUGCCUCCAUGCAAGCUGAAGGUAGAGAGUUUGUGGAGGGUGAUAAGGGUGUUUCAGCUCGAUGGGGAGUUCAGAACAAGACUUGUGGAGGUACGAGUCGCAGGAUUUGCAGGCGUAGGUGGUGGAGGGUGUGGCUUGAAUGGGGUUGGUGCAGCCAUAGCAGUUGACUUUCGUCAACCCCUCGGAGGUCACGGAGGAUUAGAGGGUGUUUGUGGCUGCAAUGUCCUAUCUGAUUCUGCUCCUCCUCCAUCUGUUUUUGGUUGGCGACUUGGGUUUGGCUUCUGAUGGAUGGGUUCUAUAACUCAGACGUGAUCAAAUGUGCAGAUCAGACAGAUGUAUUGCUGGUUGAAAUGAAGCAUAGGAUCAUUCAAUUUGACUUUGGUGUAGACACAUUCAAGUAUACAACUGCGUCAGAUCUGUUUGAGUUAAAAUAACAAAACUGAGAAUUAUCCAGAUGAUGCACCUGACAUAGACCUAUUCCAAGUUGAUCCAUAGAGGAAGACUGGAGCAGAAAAUGUUCCGACAUCUGUGCAGAAGUUGCCAAAUCUAUUAAAAAACUUUUGCACGAUUGCACAUCCUCUAAUCGAUCUUUGUAUUCAAGUUUCUAGUUCCUUUUCAUGUUAAUUUUUUCUAAUGUUGCAAUUUGAUGGAGUGAUCAGGUGAAUUCAUUCAAUCAACUACAGCCAAAUCCCACAUGCAUCAGUCGGUUUAAGCAGCAGACUGUACAGGUUAAUGGAACGUACGGGUGAUGUCUGUAUAUACUAGUGCCAGCGAAUAUACGGAAUCGAGGUCAAAUAAGCCAAAGUAAUUCGCCAAUUCUGAGCUGGAGGCUCGACUAAACAUCCCUGGAGAUUUGUCUGCCUACAGGACGACACAGUUAGGUUUCGGUGUUCGAAACAUUUGGGUUUGUUGUUCAUCCCUUUAGAGAGAACGUGCUGCAAAGUGCAAAUUAUAUUAUAGGAUGACUACUUAGCCAAGACUGGCUUCACCAUCUUCUAAUAAUUAAAGAUAGAAUGAAAAUAUCCAGGCUUUUAGCUUAGCAAGCCUGAUAUUCUCUACCAUUUACACUUGACAUAUGCAUCAAUACUG